AUGUCUAUGCCACCAACUUUUGGAUUCACCCAAGAGCAGGUUUCCUGCGUCUGCGAGGUCCUUCAGCAAGGUGGGAGUAUCGAACGUCUCGGACGCUUUUUGUGGUCCUUACCUGCUUGUGAGCACCUCCACAAAAACGAGAGCGUAUUGAAAGCGAAAGCCGUGGUAGCUUUCCACCGGGGCAACUUCAGGGAGCUCUACAAAGUAUUAGAGAGCCACCAGUUUUCUCCGCACAACCACCCCAAACUGCAACAGCUCUGGCUGAAAGCUCACUAUAUCGAAGCGGAGAAAUUGCGCGGUCGUCCUCUGGGCGCUGUGGGAAAAUACCGCGUGCGCAGAAAGUUCCCGCUGCCUCGCACCAUCUGGGAUGGAGAGGAAACCAGCUACUGUUUUAAGGAGAAGAGCCGGUGUGUGCUUAAAGAGUGGUACACUCACAACCCGUACCCUUCCCCGAGAGAGAAAAGAGAACUGGCCGAGGCCACGGGCCUCACCACGACGCAGGUCAGCAACUGGUUCAAGAACAGGAGGCAGAGGGACCGUGCAGCAGAAGCAAAGGAAAGGGAAAACGAUGGUGCAAAUCCAAACGGCCACAACCCACUGACCUCACACGUGAACGAAAACAAAUCUCUAUGUGAAAGUUCAGAGGACGACAAAUCUCCCGCAGCGACCCCGGAUCACACCUCCAUGAGCCCAGCCAUCCUUAUGUCCUCCAGCUCAGGUCUGCCACCCCUGCACAGCUUCGCGCCUCCGCCCGGCCCCAGCGCCUCCAUCAUCCCCGUCAGCGGAGACACUCAGAGCCACCACCACCACUUCUCCAUGCACGACGGCCUUCUCAACCCAAUGACGGCCAGCCUGGUGGAACUUGGAUCAUAAGAAAUAAAACACAUCAUCUUUGACUUUCCCCCCAGUUAUUAGCUUCGUUGUUGGCUACCAAACAUUUUAUUAGCCUAGUCAAGCUUGUAGGACAUUAGACAAAAAAAUUCCAAAAACUACCAGAUGACGGGCCUACAUGAAAACCGUUUCCAUAAAAAUACUGUAA